AUGGGGAAUCUUUUUAUCUACACAGACCACCUACUAUUUCGACGAUGACCACACCAAUGAUUCAAAUUUAUAAUCAUUUGUGUUCUAAUAAUUAUAAGGUGUAAAAUACAUUAGGUCUGUUAGUCAAGCACGUGAACAACCCGUGGCGUGCUACUUGAUUAUGCUGAUCCGUUGACAUUUGCGCGCUUUUAUAGUAAGCCAUUUUAGCUGUACUUUACUUAUAUUAUACCUUACGAUUACUUCGUGAAUUAUUUCGUGAUCUUAUUUAUAUGUGUUAUAUACAACAAUGAAUACAUUGAUAGGCUGAUAAUGUGACAUCGUAUUAUAUUGUUCAGGUUUCUGCCGCGACUCCAUGUUUUCUAUAACUGCGGAAUACAACAGCGGAGCACUAUCCUGCUUGUGUGACUUCAUGGGCUCCACUGAGUUGGAGUGCAACGUGUUCGGCGGGCAGUGUCCAUGCAAACCAAACGUGAUCGGCCGCUCGUGUAGUGUUUGCAAAACAGGCUAUUACGGCUUCCCCAACUGCCGCCCUUGCAACUGCCCAUCUACUGCAGUCUGCGAUGAUAAUGGAAUGUGCAUCUGCCCUAAGAACGUGGAAGGUGAGAACUGUGACCGCUGUAAGCCGUUCACGUUCAACUUCGACGUGCACCGUGGUUGCGACGACUGCAACUGUAACCCGCUCGGUGUCCUCGGCAACCAGCUGCAGUGUGAACCGGACAGCGGCAACUGCGCGUUAGUACCACCCUAUUAAU